UUUAACGCUGUCGGGAACGGAGCGAUGUCUGAGGCUUUCAGAGUUCAGUUGUAUUUCCUCGUACUCAUCCUCUCGGCUCUGAAGGGAGAGAGCAGGUACCUGGAGGACAAUGAGAUUACUCCCAAAGGAUUAUUUUCUCUUCUUCAUUCGGAAGUCAAAAGAGAAUUAUCAAAGGAUUUUGUUUACCGCCGACCACUACGUUGUCUGGACAUGCUCACCAUGGAGGGUCAGUUCACCUUCACCGCCGAGCAUGCGCAGCUCAACUGCGCAGCCUACUUCAUCGGCGAGCCCAAUGAGGUCAUCAGCAUAGAGUACACCGCCGUAGACAUCGACUGCCGCAGAGGGGAUUUCGUCAAGGUGUUUGACGGCUGGUUCCUGAAAGGGGAGAAGUUCCCCAGCACGCAGGACCACCCCGUCCCCCUGUCGGAGCGAUACGUGGACUACUGCGAGACGGGCAUGCUCAGGAGGGUGGCCCGCUCCUCGCAGAACGUGGCCAUGAUCUUCUUCCGCAUUCACGGCGCAGGGAGCGGCUUCACCGUCACUGUGAAGAAGCACAUCAACCCCUUCCCUUGCAAUAUCAUAUCACAGACCCGAGAAGGCAGCUUCACCAUGGUGAUCCCUCACCAGCAUACAAACUGCAGCUUCUCCAUCAUAUAUCCGGUUGAGAUUGAGAUAGAGGAGCUCAGCUUGGGGCGCCUGGAUUCCAACGACGCCCCCGUGAAGAGGUCCAUCCCAGGAUGUGGGGGAGCAGGAGACUUUGUGGAGCUUCUCGGGGGCAACGGUGUGGACACCUCAAAAAUGUAUCCUGUGGCCGAUCUCUGCUACUCCUUAAAUGGACCAGCUCAGAUGAAGGUCGGGUGCGAUAACACUGUCAUGAGGAUGGUUUCCAGUGGCAAAUUCAUCAACCGUGUGGCUUUUCAGUACCGCCCGCUGGAGCGCCGCGAGCUCCAGAAAAUCAAAGGGAAUAACGUGGAGGAUUUCUGCUUCAUUGAAUGAGUCCUCUCUUUCCCAGGGCUGCAGAACGCCACACCACCAGGUGACCGCCGCCAGAAAACCAGCUGUUGUCACGACAUGCAAAUUUCUUUGAAAAUUCUGACGUAUUUUUCCAUUUCGGUAAUAGUUUCCCUAUAGAACAUGUAUGUGCUGUAUUUUAUCUUGUCUUUU